CGGAGAUGUCGCCGGAAGUUAUCUCCAGGGGUUGGGGGUCACGUUUGCGGCAGCUUUGCGGCUCCUGUUCUGGGCGGAAAACCCAGCGGAACGGUGGGUUCAAAGUGAAGGGUUCCCAUUUGCCUCUCUCUGACCCGCCGGACGCGUUGGGGCGAUUUGGAUGGCUCAAGGGGCGUCAUGGAGGUCCCGGCCCAAUGGCGAGCCUUGCCCAGCCCCUGCCAUGUGCAGGCGCCGCCGGCCCUCCGGGCGCCCGCCAAAGCGGCGCCACGAAAUCACCUCAGCUUUUUGGGUGUGGCGGUCCUGGGAGCAUCCCGCCUGACCCGCAGCAAGACUUCGCUGCAGGUGCGGCGCCGGCCCCUGCCGGUGGUCAAAGAGAAAGAGGUCAUCGCCACCAAGCGCUUACCACUUUGGCAGCUCUCCGAUGAGAUGUACAUGCAGCGACAGCUCGCUCCCGACCCAAUGCAGUCCUGGACAGAGGUUCGCAGGGCUCAAGCGAGGAUGAAGGAGCAGGUGAUGGCGCAGCAGUACAAAGAUUUCCGGCGCAUCGAGCGCGAGAUCGGAGGCUACAGACUUCCACCGACAUACCACAUCAGCGAGCUUCGCGCCGGGAUGUGGCUGGAGGGCCGCGUCUCUCAGACGCAUGACAGGGGCGUGAUGGUGGAUGUUGGCGCCUACACCGAACAGGGAGAAUGGACCGACGGGUUCUUGCACAUGGGCCAGAUCAAGGAUGACGGAGGCUAUGUUGCUCAGGAUAAGGUCAUGGAUUUUGUGCACAUCGGAGAGCGCGUCCGCGUGAGAGUUGUGGAAUGCAUUCCAACAACCGGCAUCCUGCGGCUCUCGAUGCGAACGGAGGAGGAAGAUCUUCCCGAGCUGUUCUUGGGAAAGCCGCGCCCCUACUCCUGGCACGACAUCGAGAAGGGUAUGAAGGUGACCGGAAUCAUCCGCCGGGUCUGGGAUAAGUGGGCGCUGGUGGACAUUGGAGCCGACCGCUUGGCCCGUAUCCACGCGAGGGAGCAUCCCCGCGAGAAGAACGAGUACGGGUUCUACAACUGGGACAGAAUUCACAAGUUCGCGUGGACUGCCUUCCCCCGCGGAGCUCAGAUGACCUUCUGGGUGGAGAAGGCCAAAGAUGGCUUGGUGAACCUGUGCGCCAACAAGCCUCCCUCCACGAAGCUGUCGGACAAGGUGGCGGCCAACCGCCGGACCGGCGCCGGCAUCGAGCCGGGCUUGGAGCGAGGAGGGGAGCGCCUCACGCGGCAACAGCUCCGGGACCGCGAGAAGUCGGAGGCGGAGAAGGCCGACUGGACUCCCUACAUCGCGCAUGUGGAUGAGUGGCUCGAAGAGGCCUCAGAGCCCGACGGCAUCACGGAUAGUUGGGUCGCCAGGACGGAACGCGAGAUCUUCGCAGAGUUCAAUGAAGAGAACGGGACAUCCGAGGAGCAGGCCGAGGAGAUUGAGCUGGCUUCAAGCAUGCCGGAAGAGGACUUCGAUGACUCGGACGACUUCGCUGAAGACGAGUUCGCCGAAGAUGACUUUGACGACGACUCGGACUUCAUCGCUGACGAUGCGCCCUUCAGCCUGGCAAAUCCUGAGGACGAUGCGUGGGAGUUGAAGGAUUCGCCGGACCAAGAGCGCAGCGAGGGCUUGCUUUACUGAGCGGCGGCUCGGCAUCACGGACGCGGAGGCUGACGGAGCUGUCGGCGGGCCCAAGGUCCGCCAGGAAUGUCGGGACGGAGCAGAUGAGAGCGCGGAGGGCACAA